CAAUUCUUUUCUUGUUUCAGGAGGGACGUGUUGGUCGGCAAUGGUAAAAAAUAACCGGUGUACGGAAUUACUGACGGAGUCAACAAGCAAGGAAGAAUGUUGCGGCGGCAAUGGAGUAGCGGUUGCGUGGUCUGCUGAAGAACUUGAUUCAGGUGCUCUGUUUUUCUGGAAAGUACUUGGGGGUGGUGUUCCAUGUAAACCAUGCAAAGAAUCCUGUGUGGGCUUUAAGUGUUCAAAAGGAAAAGUUUGCGUAAUGCGAAAGGGCCAGCCCAAGUGCAUAUGUUCUCCAAAGUGCAACAAAAUUAAACCUCGCGUUCAGGGACCCGUGUGUGGAUCCGAUGGGCGAACCUACAAUUCCAUGUGUAAGCUUAAAAAGCAAGCUUGCCGAAAGAAGUCUUCAUCCCUUACUGUUGCCUAUCAUGGUGUGUGUCAAAGUUCCUGUGAUAAAAUUAAAUGUUCGGCUGGUAAGCAGUGUUUAAUGGAUCAGAAUCUAGUUCCACAUUGUGUGCGUUGCAGUCAUAAGUGUCAAAACUUUAUCCCUCAUCGACAAGUAUGCGGCACAGAUGGCGUUACCUAUCCUAGUUCAUGUCACCUCCGUCAAGAGACGUGUAGAACGGGUAAAGCGGUACCCGUUGCCUACAAGGGCCCUUGCAAAGCAAAUGCAAAUUGCAACACAAUUCGAUGUAAAAGCCAACAGUAUUGUCUAAUGGAUCCUUUAACAGGAUCUCCACGUUGUGUACAUUGUUCACAAAGGUGUCCUGACUUUCGACACGUACCUGGACCAAUUUGCGGUAACAACAACAAAACCUACCAUUCCUGGUGUCAUAUGAUACAGGAUUCAUGCGCGAAAGGAUUUGUAAUAGAAACCAAAUAUUCAGGCAAAUGUGUAAAUUCAACGAGUCUCUGAAAGCACUCCUCUGCUCCGAAACUAAGCCAAAGAUUUGUACAUCACGUCACAAUAUGUAAAUAAUGAGUUAAAUAUAAUUUAGAGGUAAAAAUCUGUCAGUUUAGUUAUGAAUAUCAUUAAUGUUAUAAUACUUUGUUAAUGCAAAAGUAAUUGCGUGCAGACUAUUGACUGACUUAAUCGGUAAGCAAAACAAAUACUCUUAAAUUAGUAAAAUUUUUAACCAUUGUCAGGACGUGUACUGUGUGCUCUCAUUGAAGUACUUGGUAGUUAAAUGGUAUUCAUAUUGGUUCAAAUUGCACACAUACAUACAUACAUACAUAUUAUACCUAUCGACUGUAUUGUUUACCUGAUACUAAUAUUUAGAUGCAUUACAAUAACGGUUACGGUGCUUAUUAUACAUACACGAUAUACACGUACUUGUCAGAUUUGUUUUUAAUAAUCGAGUAAAACAAAUACUGUCUUUUAUAAACUAUCACUAGCUUUUAAUUAAAUAUAACAGCAGUAGAACAAAACAGUUAUGGUACCAACUACUGUUAAAUGAAAAAGCUCACUGACUUAUUCCUUAUCGAUACUUAAGCUGCAACAAAUACUUACUUCGAAAGUUGGAUGAAAAUUUUUUGCAUCCAACUGUUUUUUUGUUUCUAUGUUAUUUAUUUUUAGGGCAACUUGUUGGUGUUCAUCCAGUAUUUGAUCGAUUUUUAUUAUAAUUGUACAAUUAUGUGUAGAAAAGCGUUGUGUUAACAGUUUCUCUUUAAAAUAUUUAAAGUACGAAUAAUUUCCAAUGUUGUUGAGAUUUUAUAAAUUGAACUUUAAUUGUUUAGACUGAUUAUUUAUU